AUGGACUCAAUCAAGAACACUGUCAACCAGGCCUCCGAGUCUUUCCAGGGUGCCAUGUCUGGAACCUCGAAGCAGGGUAACGAGGAGGUCGCAAAGGGCCACACCGACGCGAACGCCACCACGCGUCUCACCGCCGCCAAAGACGCAGCCUCUGACAAGGUCCACGAAAAGAAGCACGACACCAAGUCGGACGUCUACGCCAACAAGUAG